AUGAGAGUUUGGGAACUCACUCGGCAAUCGAACUCUGCUCCAUUCGUACACCAGAGGAAAAUCCAGCGUGAAAAGCGAUUGAUUACAAUGAACUAUGGAUUCAGCUUCAAGAACACUCGCCUAAAAUCAUCAACAGCUAUGCAAACAUUUCGCUUCGCAUUGUUUAUGGCCUUCGGCAUUUGGUUAUUAUACCAGAUUAAUCAAUCAUACACAAAGAAGAGUGUCACUGGUGAGAUCUUCUCAAUCCAUCUCAACAACCAGCGAAUUUCCAGCAUAUUGGGACGAAAAGAGCGAGUCACACCAUUGAAGUCGACUCACCGAGUCAACUCAGAAGUGAUCCUAGAUGAUACAACUAAUAAUCAAGGUGAACUCCAUGACAAUGUCCAAGAACAGGAAUCGAUAGCAACAGAAGUGUUGACUAAGAAGUCAAACGAUCAUGAACUUAAAGAGCCUGAAGAUGGUGUUUAUAGAUUUCUUGAUGAAAAUGGAAUUCCUGAGGCUGAUCGUGAAAAGUUGGUCGGGAAUGAGUCGACUCGGUCGAGUAAUGAUAAUUGAAACCCAUGUAUGAGUUCAAAACAGUAUUUUCAACCUUUUCCUAUAGUUAGAAAGUAUAUAUAUACAAAAUAUUCUACUUGUAUAUGUAUCAGAAUAAAAAUGUCUAUUAAGAUCUCCAUUUAUAUCAAAAUUACGCUCAAGAUUAGCAUUUGUG